CUGUGCUUAUUGACACUUAUUAGGCACCUGCUGUAUGUCAGGUCAUCAGGCCUCCACCAGGGAGCAGCGCAUUUCCCAGAGACUGGCUCAGAGAGGGCGAGCAUUUCACCCAAGGCCCCACAGCCGGCCAGGGGCAGACGCCGGGAUUGCGCCGCCCGCCCGCAGCGACCGACCCAGUCCUUCCCGGGGCGCGCGGGCAGGAUGGUGAGUGCGGGGGCGCCCCUCUGGGCCGCGGCCUGGGGGGUCCUGCUGCUGGCGGCCCCCUCGGGCGCGCAGCGUGGCCGGAAGAAGGUCGUGCACGUGCUGGAGGGUGAGUCGGGCUCGGUGGUCGUGCAGACAGCGCCGGGGCAGGUGGUCAGCCACCGGGGCGGCACGAUCGUCCUGCCCUGUCGCUACCACUACGAGGCGGCGGCCCACGGCCCCGACGGUGUCCGCCUCAAGUGGACCAAGGUGGUGGACCCGCUGGCCUUCGCCGACGUCUUCGUGGCCCUGGGCCCCCAGCACCGGGCCUUCGGCAGCUACCGCGGGCGGGCCGAGCUGCAGGGCGACGGGCCCGGCGACGCCUCCCUGGUGCUGCGCAAUGUCACGCUGCAGGACUACGGGCGCUACGAGUGCGAGGUCACCAACGAGCUGGAGGAUGACGCCGGCAUGGUCAAGCUGGACCUGGAAGGCGUGGUCUUCCCCUACCACCCCCGCGGGGGCCGCUACAAGCUGACCUUCGCCGAGGCGCAGCGCGCGUGCGCCGAGCAGGACGGCAUCCUGGCGUCGGCGGAGCAGCUGCACGCGGCCUGGCGCGACGGCCUGGACUGGUGCAACGCGGGCUGGCUCCGCGACGGCUCCGUGCAGUACCCGGUGAGCCGGCCCCGGGAGCCCUGCGGCGGCCUGGCGGGGAACGGGAACCCGGGGGCCGGCGGCGGCACCACCAACGCGGGCGUGCGCAACUACGGCUACCGCCACAACGCUGGGGAGCGCUACGACGCCUUCUGCUUCACCUCCAACCUGCCGGGCCGCGUGUUCUUCCUGAAGCCGCUGCGGCCCGUGCCCUUCGCGGAGGCGGCGAGGGCGUGCGCGGCGCGCGGCGCGGCGGUGGCCAAGGUGGGGCAGCUGUUCGCCGCCUGGAAGCUGCAGCUGCUGGACCGCUGCGCCGCGGGCUGGCUGGCCGACGGGAGCGCGCGCUACCCCAUUGUAAAUCCGCGCGCGCGCUGCGGCGGCCGCCGGCCGGGGGUGCGCAGCCUGGGCUUCCCCGACGCCGCGCGCCGCCUCUUCGGCGUCUAUUGCUACCGCGCGCCCGGAGCGCCCGACCCCGCGCCCGGGGUCUGGGGCUGGGGCUGGGCUGGCGGCGGGGGCUGGGCCGGGGGCGCGCGCGACCCCGCCUCCUGGACCCCGCUGCGCGUCUAGACCCGGGCGGGGAGGGACGGCCUAGUCUCCCGAUGACCCCUGGGGACUGGCUGCGCCCCCUGAGCGCCCUGGAGACUGGCCGCGUCUCCUGAGUGCCCCCGGAGAGUGAUCGCGCCCCCCUGAGGUCCCCUGGAGGCUGGCCAAGUCCCCCGGGGUCGCUGGAGACUGGCCGUGCCCCUAAGUUCCCCUGGACACUGGACACACCCCUGAGGUCCUCUGGACGCUGACCACGCCCCCUGUCCCCCAGGUCCCAGGACAUUAACCACGCCUCUUGAGUCCCCAGGCAACUAGCCACGCCCCUAGGUCCCCUGGAGAAUGACCACGCCCCCUUAAGUCCCCUGGACACUGGCGGCUCCUCCAGGGGUCAGGGGCUGACGAUUGGACACGCCCCUGGGUGCCCUGGGGCCUGGCCACGCCCCUAGAUCCCUAGGUACUGACCACGCCUCCUGAGUUCCCCUGGCAACUAGCCACGCCCCGAGGUUCCCUGGAGGGUGACCACGCCCCCUGACGUUCCUGGAGAGUGACUGCGACCCCUGAGGUCCCUGCACACUGGCCACGGCGCCGAGAUACCUGGCGAAUGACGGUACCCCCCUUUCCCGGGGUGCGGAUCUCCCCCACCACCCCGACUUUUCCUGGAGAAGGACCUCUCCCAGACUAACAAAGGAGACCCCGCCGUUCCCCAAGGCCACCUGGAAACGCAUGGAACAGCCCCCGCGGUCGUCUGGAGGCUGGACCCCCGGGAUCACCUGGAGAGUGGCACACCCCCGCUUCCGGUCACCUGGAAACCUCAGGGUUCGCCAGGUGGCCAUGCCCCCCGUGGUCACCUGGAGGCCCAGUCUUGUGCUCGCUCUCUCCACCGCCAGUCUGGAUCCUUCCAUCCCUCCCUCGCGAACCCCUCCAAGUUUCUGGGGUACCAGGUCACCGUCGAGAAGAGCCCCCCUCCAAUUUCGGGGAGACUUCUCAUGUCGUGCCUCACAUGACCUCGCCGUGCCCCUCAAGAAGACACCUGAGGGGAGAACAAAUCCGCCCCCCCCAUGGAGGUUGGCGCCCCCUUCCCCAGCUGUCACCAAAGAGACCGUCCAGCUGCACGGGGGGUGGGGGGCCAGGCCCGCGUCACUGUCGCCAUGGAGACCAGCCGCCCGCUGCCCACCGUCGCCAAGGAGACCGCUCAGCUUCUAUCUCCUACCUGUCACCUGGAGGCCCAGCAGUGGAGACGCAGCAGCGGUUACCAUGGAUACCACGCCCCUCCCAUCUCCCGGCCCCUCCAGGAGACCUACAAGCCCCCUUCCUGCUGUCCCUCCCCUGACCCACGGCCAUGGAGACCACCCUUCCCCCACCUGACCCCGGGGUGACCCCAGCUUUGGUUCCCCUUCUCCGAAGGUCACCCCCUUCCUGCUCCCUACCCCCCAGCUCCUUCCCUGGCAGGCCUGGACGCCACCGCCAUCGCCAUGGAGACCAAAGUCUGCCGUCAAGGUAACUGAACACCUGUCCCCCAGGCGUUGCCUUGCCGACGCCCCGCCCCACCCAGCUGUCGCCAUAGAGACUAGCAACAUCGUUCCCAUGACAACCGACCUCCCGCUCUCAGGAACUUCUCACGGUGGACCAGAUGCCCGGGGCGCCUUCCACCCGGGUUCCAGAUGUGCCCCUAGCUCCAGGCAGCAUCUCCAGACAGUGGGGUGCUGGAGACACCCCUACCCCCCUCACACCCAUUUUGCACGCUGUGCACAAGACGCCCGCAACAAAACUGCUCCUUGCAACACUGGUGACAUGGGCACUGUCACAUACGAGGAAACUAAGACUGGCGAGCCAGGUUUUGAGCUGUGCAGGCACAGGGACCCCCCUUUCCUCGCUGAGACCCCCAUCCCUGUUCUCAACAAGCUCCAAUGAGGAUAGCUGACUUGGGGAUGUGACCCAGAGACAAGUCCACCCCAGCCACCGGGAGACCCCUUCCCAGGGCUUGCCUGGAGGUGGGGGUGGGGGUAGGGGAGCUCUCCCCCCCCCCCCCCAGCCCCGUCACAUCCCUCUCUAGGAAACCAUCUGGCUUUGGAACCAGUGGACUCUGGUUCAAAUCCCACCUCUGCCUCUUGAUCACCGUGUGGCCAGGUGACAAAAACCUCUCUGAGCCUCAGUUUCCCCUUCUUUACAGCAGCUCCAACUAGGGCUGUUCUGAGAUCCUGGAGAGAGUAAAGCACAAAGCAGGGGCUCAGUAAAUCUUUAUUUUGAUGAAUGAGAGAACGGGGCAGCCAGUUGGUAAUUACUUAAUAAAUGCACGUUGGUGGACAAAAUGUUUCCCAGCUGGGGUGCUUGGUGAAGAGCCAGUUGAGAAGGGUCCCUCGGGGCUCCCCACAGCCCUGACUCUCCCUCCCGCCUACGCCAAUCUCUCUCCUCUCUGCUCCUCUCCCCUCUGCCACCCACCCCCCUCUCUCCCUUUGAGCCCCUUGUGGCCCUGCCAUGACUCCGUCAUUGACAAAUCUCCUUGCACCCCUGCAUACUCUGGGACCCCAAGAGUGUGAAGCUGGGUGAGGAGGUCCAAAAAUUGCAAAGUUUCCCUGGUGUGGGGGAAAAGUUGUGCCCUAAGGAGCGCUGGAAAGUUUCUGGGAUAGAAAUAAAGAAGAAAAAUAAAAGGUGUAAAAGCCUGACUCAGUGGCAGAAACAAAAUGAUUGGUGUAAUUUAGGCUCAAGUUUAAUCCCGCAUGGGACAGAACUUCUAGAAGCCUCAGGAGCUCCUUGGGUAGGCUGCCUUGGGCUCCAGCUGGGCCCUAGCUUUCUCCAAGAGGGGCCUGGAAAGGGAUGUGUUUCCGAAGGACGAGUGCAGGGGAUUUUCUUUCUUCCUGGCCAUUUACCCUGCUGCAAUGCUUUCGGCCUCCCCAGCAUUCCAGCCAUCACCAUCCCCAUUUUCCCUCCCUCUCAGUCCUUGAGGGGCUGGAGGGCUGAUUCCACCCCAUUUGGCCAAUGAAUGUGGUUGCCAUCUCCCUGGGUAACUUCAGCCCUCAGACACGAAGUUCGUGAGAUUUGGGUGGCUGCACUGGGUCGCGGAAAGCUUCUUUCGGCUGGGGUUGCUGCACUGUUAGAAUGGAUGGAUGGUAGCCUGGAUACAGCCAUUCCUGCAGCCCGUUUCAGAAAAGUCUCUCCCCCUCGUCUCUCCUCCACCCCCAUUCAACUCCCAGAGCCCAGAGUUUCUUACCUGUCCUUGCAGACGUCUUUUAUGUUCAUUCAGGCAUGUAUACUUAUAUUUCUCCUAUUUCCAUACAAAUGAGAGUGUGUAAACUCAUUUGUAUGUGACCAGAACAUAAAAGUCACCCAUUUUAGCCCAUUUUAAAGUGGAUAGUUCAGUGGCAUUUAGUACAUCUCUGAUGUUGGGCUACUGCUAUCUAGUUCCAGAACUUUUCAUUUUUCAUCACCCCAAAAGGAAACGCACACCCAUUAAAUAGUCACUCCGUGUCCCCCACACCCCCAGCCCCUGGCAACCACAGACCUGCCUUCUCUCUAUAUAAAUUUGCCUAUUCUGGAUAUUUCAUGUAUUUCAUAUACAUGGGAUCAUUUUGGGUCUGGCUUUUGUAUCUGGCUUCCUGUGAUGGUUUGCAGCUGCAGGUACCCCA